AUGCCUGAAAACUCUGUAAAUAAUCAAAAUGGAAAAUUAGUUGUUGAUGAAAGAAUAAGAGAUCAAGAAAAUAUUCCUAAUAAAUUUAUAAACAAUUAUCAAAGUACUAAUUCUAUUCAUUCUGAUAAUAUUGAAGUUCAUGUUUGUAAGAAGAAGGGAAGAACGGCUUCAUAUUUUAAUGUACUUUUUAGUGGAUUUGCUUUAUUAUCAGAUGGUUAUCAAUCAGGCGUAAUUAGUUUUGUUAACCUUUUUCUGACUAAAAUUUAUGGCACUGAUGUCUUUAAUGCUAGUAUGAAAUCUCGUUUAUCUUAUGCUAUGUUUGUAGGUGCUAUUGUAGGUCAACUAGGCUUCGGUCUUAUAAUUGAUCGUGUCGGACGUAAGAUUGGUCUCAUUGCUACUACACUUCUUGUCAUUAUAGGCGCUGCUUUAUCUUGUGCUUCAAAUGGAACUUCUGUAAAUGGGAUGCUUUGGAUGAUGAUCAUUUCCAGAGGUAUUCUUGGUGUUGGUGUAGGUGGUGAAUAUCCUUGUAGUUCUGUUUCUGCAGGUGAAUCUGCAGAUGAAGUUGCUCCUGGUAGACGUGGCGGUUUAUUUGUUAUGGUAACCAAUUUUGUAAUUGAUUUUGGCUAUGUUAUAUCUGCUAUUAUUCCAGUGAUUUUAUUAGCCAUUUUUAAAGAUCAUUUAGAACCUGUCUGGCGUCUCUGCCUUGGUUUUGGUGUUGUACCACCUUUGUCUGUUUUAUACUUUCGACUCAAGAUGGCAGAUUCUGAACAUUAUCGUAAAGGAGCAAUGAAGAAAAAAGUGCCUUAUUUUCUUAUUUUCAAAAAAUAUUGGUUCCGUAUCCUUCUUAGUUCUGGUUUAUGGUUUAUUUAUGAUUUUAUUUCCUAUCCCAGCGGAGUAUUUUCAUCUAUUAUUAUUAAUAGUGUAGCUAAUGGUGAAUCUACUAUUUCUGUAGUUGCUUGGAAUAUCCUUCUUUAUUCAUUCUAUCUUCCUGGUUGUCUUGCAGGUGCUUAUUCAGUUGAUCGUAUUGGUCGUAGAAAGACUCUAUCUUUUGGUUUACUUGCUCAAGGUAUUGUAGGUAUAAUUCUUGGUGGUGUUUAUGAACCCUUAUCAAAGAAUUGUAUGCCCAUGUUUAUUAUUAUGUACGGUAUAUUCUUAGCAUUAGGAGAAUAUGGACCGGGCCCUACAAUGGGUCUAAAUGCGAUGGAACUAUUCCCCACAGCAGUAAGAGGCACCUGUUAUGGUAUUGCUGCAGCUGUUGGUAAAGUAGGUGCUACGGUAGGUACAUUAGCUUUCAUACCAAUGGAAAAUGCCAUGGGUGGCUAUCGUGGUCCAUUUUUAGUGAGUAGUGGUAUUGCGGUUGCAGCUAGUUUUAUUGCAUGGUUUCUUCUUCCAGAGAUUGGACCAGAUGGAUUAAUCAAAGAAGAUAUCGAUUUUCGCGAAUAUCUUGCUCAAAACAAUUACGAUGUAAAUAAUAUUGGUAUAGAAGAUAGUCGACAAUUUGAAAUAGUACACUAUGAUAACAAAAGCUCUUCAGAUUCAGUUAAGUCUUAA